AUGCGCCUCUCCCGGCCCCGACUCCGCGUCUCGCAGGCCCGAUCGGCAUUUGCAGAAGGCAAUGCACGAUGGACGAACCGAGAUCUGGAUCCGAUACCGCUAUAUGCACGUAAAUGGGGGGUCUGGAGUUUAGUAGCAUACUGGAUCUCGGAUGCUUUCAACGCAGCAACAUGGCAAUUCGCCAGCAGUAUCAUCGCCGUCGGACUGAGCUAUCGCGAGGCAAUCGCCAUCGUGGCCGUCUCCUUCUUCAUCAUGUCUUUCGUUAUCGCCGGUAAUGGCGCCGUCGGGGCCAUCUAUCACGUCCCUUUCCCCGUCAUCGCCCGUGCGAGUUGGGGCUUCUGGGGUUCAUAUAUUGCUAUCGUCUCGCGUGUGAUCCUGGCCGUCUUCUGGUUUGCUAUUCAAAAUGUGAACGGGGGCAAUGCCGUGCGUGUCAUGAUCGGUGCCAUCUGGCCGAGCUACUUGACGCUGCCGAAUGACAUUCCCGAGUCGCAGGGCAUCACGACCAACGGCAUGGUCGGCUUUCUGAUCUUUUGGAUCGUGCAGUUCCCCUUUUUGUGCAUACAUCCGAACAAGCUGCGCUGGUUGUUCGCGGUCAAGUCUGUCCUCGUGCCGAUUGCUUGGAUUGCCAUGUUGAUCUGGGCCUUUGUGGCCGAAAAAGACGGAGGAGGCAUUUUUGCCCAGCAGACAGCGACUGUCUCCGGAUCAACGUACAGCUGGCUGUUCUUGGCCAAUAUGACAUCGGUUCUGGGCAACUACGCCACUCUGAGCGUGAACCAGUCUGAUUUCUCUCGUUACUCUCGCGUCAACCCUCGCUGGCAACUCCUCUACAUUCCAAUGCUGCCCAUCAUCUUCACCUUCAUCUCCUUCAUCGGCAUCGCUGCCUCGUCCGCUGGCCAAUCUCACUACAAACUCGCCUCCAUUCCAUGGGACCCCACCGUCCUGAUCAGCUACUGGCCCAACCGCGCCUGUCGCUUCUUUGGCGCUGCCUCGUUUGCACUGGCAUCUCUGGGCGUGAACAUCUCGGCCAAUUCACUGUCUGCCGCAAACGACUUUACCGCGCUGGCACCCCGAGUCAUCAAUAUUCGUCGUGGUCAGAUCCUCUGCGCGUUGCUGUCGUGGUGUCUCGCGCCGUGGAAGAUCCUUGAAUCGGCCGGUAACUUUUUGACUUUCAUGUCGGCCUAUGCCAUCUUCCUGGGCCCCAUCGCUGCCAUUAUGCUGUUUGAUUUCUGGGUCGUCAAUAAGCGAAAGUAUGAUACCCUUGCGCUGUACCAGCCCUGGAACCCCAUUUAUCGCUAUGCCUGCGCCAUCCCCGGACUCCCGGGCAAAGUAGCGUCUGGAUUCAACUGGCGAGCCCUGGUGGCUUUCCUCGUGGGCGUCGCGCCCAAUUUGCCGGGACUGAUCAAUGCCGUGAACCCGCAGAUUGACGUCGGCACGGGUGUCCAUCCGUAUCAGUUCGGCUGGCUGCUCGGCUUUUUCGCCACUGCCGGUGUCUAUCUGGGACUGUCGUACUGGUUCCCCGCGCAAGAAACCCAAAUCGAGCGUGCCGUUCUCCCCGAUGAAAUCUACGAGAGAGGUGCGGUGGUUGAGGGUGUGGAAACGGACAGUUCCGAUCAAGUGCAGGUCGCUAGAGACGAGAAGUCGCCGACUGGGUUGGCUUCAGAGAAGAACAUGUAG